AUGACGGACGGAGAGCUGACUGCUACUGGUGGCCGGCGGUGCCUCCCCUGCCUGGAGUCCGCCAGUCCGCCGCGCCCCUCUCUCCCUGCGCGCGCCGCCCCACCCUCCAACCCUAGCGCCGCCGCCCUUGUGCCGCCGCCGCGUGUGCCCCUCCUCACGCCGCGCCGCCGACGCACCUGCAGCCCCCGCCGCGCCUCCCUCCCCAACCCCGCGCCGUCGCCAUCCCCAGCGCGCGUCAUCAUGUCAUCGGUCUCCAACGGCAGCAACCCCUUCGCCUACAACCCAUGGACGGGGCUCAUCCACGCCUACAACAUGCCGGUGCCGCGCCCGCCGACUCACCAGGCGCACUUCACCGCGACACCGCCCUACGCCCCGGCCUUCACCGCCACGCCGCCAUCCUACGCCCCGGCCUACCACGCCGCGCCCGCACCUAGCUCUUACGCCGGUGGCGGCAACUAG